GGAUUAUUAUUAAGUUUUAUUUUGACAAAAAAUCAGUUUAGUGUAUUAUUUGUAUAAUUUUAAAAAAUGCAAGGUCCAUUUUAUCAUUUAAUAAAAUAGAUGGUCCAAUUAAUAACUUUUACAAAACAUAAGGUAUAAAAUGUUACUUACUCUUUUUUUCCAGUUAAAUACUAAAGACAAAGCUACUAAAAGCAGUAGAUUUUGUUACACUAAUCUUAAGCAUCAUAGAUUCAUAGGUACCAAAGAAAUUACAGAGCUUUCAUAGUUAACUUAAAAAAAAUAUGAUGUAAUCCAAUUUCAUGCAACUUUCCAUCCAAACAUUAUAUUAGAGUUAAUAUUGAAAGAGAAUCAAGUAAGGUGUGUAGUUUUUUCUUGAAUGCGACCUAAGUAGAAGGAGAAAUGAUAUGAUACGCCUUACUGUUUAUUUAUAUAAAAUUAUAUAACGUACCAUACUACGCGUAGUGGCGGCUAUUGAUGAAAAUUUUAUACUAGUCAAGGUCAAACUUUUGCCCAAUUAUUGAAAAGCCUGGUCAACCGAAGACUAAGACAAAGAACAUGACAACCCUUUGAUUGAUCUUCUUACAAGUUUUUCAUACAACUUCUUCUCCAUUACCUCUUAGAAAAAGUCAAUCUCAGCUUAUUUAUUAUGCUAUAAUGUCCUGUUGUUUCAGUUUCAGACCCUCCAAAACAAUAUGAGUUUCUCUUCUUCUCUUCUUUCUGUUUUCUUCUUCUUCAUUUGUAGUUGUUAUUUGAUCGGUGCACAGCAGCCUUACGUGGGAAAAACCACAUCAGAUUGUAACGAUCAACAUAAGGCAUCUUCUGGUCUUGGCUACUUCUGCAAUGGAGUUAACAAAAGUUGCCAAACUUAUGUUACUUUCAGAGCCAUUCCUAACUACAACAAUGUUUCAGCCAUAUCUACUCUGUUGGGUGCUGACCCUUCUCAAGUCUCACUCAUAAAUUCAGUCCCGGAAACAACAACGUUUGAUACAAACAAGUUGGUGAUUGUUCCUGUCAACUGUUCCUGUUCUGGUGAGUUUUAUCAAUCAAACACUUCUUAUAUUGUUAACCAAGGUGACCAAUAUUCCACUAUUGCUAAUGAAAUAUUUCAAGGCCUCACAACUUGUCAAGCUAUAGCUAAUCAACCCGAAAAUCCCAUUCCUAGUGGUCUUUUACAAGGUCAAAGAAUUAGUGUUCCUCUUAGAUGUGCUUGUCCUACAAAGAAUCAAAUCGAUUCGGGUUUGAACUAUCUUAUUAGCUACUUAGUAGCUAAGCGUGAGUUUCUUUUACUUAUAAGUCAAAGAUUUAAGAUUGAUCAAAACUUACUUGUUAGUACAAAUGGUAUUUCUCAAGACACCAUUUUCCCAAACACAACUCUUUUGGUUCCUCUUGAUAAGCCACCAUCAAAUUCUAUAACUGUAGAGCCACCAACAUCGCCACCACCGCCUCCAGUUACUCGUCCUAAUACUACCACUCCCUCUUCUAAUGAGAGCUCAAACAAAACUUGGGUUUAUGCCCUCAUUGGUGCUCUUGGAGGAACUGCUUUUAUAUUGGCCUUAGGCACCAUAAUCUACUGCAGAGUAUUGAGAAAAAAGAGUAAAGAACUCGAAGAACCUGUUCUUGUCUCGAAAAGUUUUGAGGCAGGGGAGAAACAAGUAGUGGACAAAAAGAUUGAAGAAUCACAAGACUUCUUAGAUAGUUUAUCUGAUAUUGCUCAAUCAAUCAAAGUCUACAAAUUCGAGGAACUUCGGUUGGCUACAAAUGAUUUUAGUAUUAGUACUAAUUUGGUCAAAGGAUCUGUUUACAAAGGUAACAUAAAUGGAGAUUUUGCAGCUAUCAAGAAAGUUGAUGGAGAUAUCUCUAAAGAGAUUAAUAUAAUGCAGAAGAUCAACCAUUCGAAUCUUAUUCGCCUUUCGGGGAUUUGUUUCAAUGGCGGUUUUUGGUAUCUUGUCUAUGAGUAUGCUGCCAAUGGACCUUUGAGUAGUUGGAUUCACCAUAAGAGAAAAGAUGGAAGGUUUUUGAAUUGGAGUCAGAGAAUUCAGAUUGCUUUAGAUGUGGCUACAGGGCUGAAUUAUCUUCAUAACUUUGCUAAUUCUUCUCAUGUUCAUAAGGACAUAAAGAGUAGUAAUAUUCUUCUUGAUAGUGAUUUUAGAGCUAAGAUUGCUAAUUUUGGUUUAACAAGAUCAACACAAGGACAUGAUGGUCAAUAUUCUUUGACAAAACAUGUUGUUGGUACAAUAGGUUAUAUGGCUCCUGAGUACUUGGAAAAUGGUGUGGUUUCUACAAAGCUUGAUGUGUAUGCAUUUGGAGUUGUGUUGCUUGAAAUGCUCACUGGGAAAGAGGUUUCUGUUUUGUAUGAAGAAAAUAAGCACUUAUCUGAUUCAUUUAGUGCUCUACUUAUUAAUGAUGAUGAUGAAGAAAAACAAGAUGGUUUGAAGCAUUUUAUGGAUCCCUCCUUGGAAGAGAAAUAUCCUUAUGAAUUUGUUGUGUUUGUGGUUCGAAUUAUCGAAGGUUGCUUGAAGAAGAAUCCGGAAGCUCGGCCAGACAUGGAUGAGAUUGCUCAGCUUCUUUCAAGAACAUUGAACGACUCAUUGAAUUGGGAAUUAUCAAACACCUUUGUUCAGUAGCAAUUUUAUAGUACCAGUUUGAUACUUUUAUUAUAUUCUUUUUUGUGAAUGUGUUAUGAUUCUUUUAUGUAUAAAUAUAUAUAUUUUUUUAUAUUUGAGCAGUUGUUGAUCA